AUGGCUCGCAUCAAGAACCAACACACAUACAGCCUGAAAAACUGUCAGGGAGGCACUGCUGUUGACCUCUCAGGUGAUGAUAACUACUCCGUCCAAGGUUAUUGCCCCCACGAUGGCUCCAACCAGGCAUGGAUCUUCCAGCAGGAUGGUGACCAGAACGGGUGGUUCAUAAAGUCCUCCCACUCUGGACAAUACCUUGGAAUCGAAGGCAACGCCAGUGGUGGCACCAGGGUCGUUGCUGUUCCGUCCCCUUUCAAGUGGGAUGUCAAAGACUCCGACGUCAAAAGCGCCAAGGGCAUUAGGAUAUUGGCCUAUGGCACGAAUUUCAGCUUAGACCUAGACUAUGGAAAAUCGGCAAACCAGACGAAAAUUAUACUUUGGGGAAGUUGGUCUGGCGCCAAUCAGAUCUGGGCACCUACCGAGCGGGCUUCCAUCGAGGACCAGCACACCUACAGCCUCAGAUAUCGUCAGGGAGGCACUGAAGACCAAGACGCUGAUUCAAAGGCAUGCUUCCAUCCUAGGCUUGUAUAA